AUGGAGGAGAGACUAGCAACUGAUGACUCAGAAGUGAUUAUGGUAGAUUGGCAACCACCGCCAUCGCAAGAAACCAAAGCACCAUCUACAGGAUAUGCAGUUUGGUAUUCAGCAGCUCAGCGACUGAUUAAACACGACAUUCCUACAUCCAUAAAGGCCAAAGAUGCCAACAAGCUCCAGCAUCAUGUAAACGACGCUAUAAGCUGCCUGGAAUGUAUCUUGAAUGGCACCCAUCCUUUCCCGACAGAGCCGUCUAUUGCUAAUGUGCUGCUGCCUCCCAGAUUCGAGGUCAUUACAAGAUACCAUAUAGCUAAUCUGCUGAUUACGUAUACUAAUUCGUUGGAAACUGCUGAUGCUCAUUUGCAGAAGGCUAUCUUGAUAUUGGGCCAAUCUCCAAUCCCGCAUUCAUUGGACUUGAUCUUUUGUAUCAAGAGCUUACAAAUCACCAUAUUUGAGAGAAGGGAUGUCCUGAAGGCCGCUAAAAAGAUGCUCAAGGAUAUGAGCUUGGAUGCUCACACAUCGGAACGAAUGGACUUAUGGUAUCUGUCUCAACUGAAAAGUGCUGAAAUCGCCAGCUUGAUGAAUGAUGUGAAGCAAUCUCGGACAUUACUUACAGGCGGGGCACUAGAAGCUCAGAAACGGGGCGAUCUGGAUAUGCAGGCAUGUAAUUCGUUAAUUAUAUAG